CCCAGCUUGGAAAAAAAAAAAAAAAACAACCAUUGUUCAUACAUACACGCACAUUUCUUAUCCUCACAUACCCGAUGGCAGCAGAAUGCCAGUAGUACAGAACUCUCGUUUGUUAAGUACAGUGUCAGUGAAAUCAUCCAAAUUCUCGGUUUGCCACAAAACCGUCAUGGAAGUAGAAGUGAAGCUCAGGCUUCCAAACUCCGAUUCCCAUCAGAAACUCUCCAAUCUCCUUUCGCCCUUUCACCUCAAAACCUUUGUCCAAGAAAACUUCUUCUUCGAUACUCCGCAUUCCACCCUUGCCUUCGCCUACUCCGCCCUUCGUCUCCGCUUCUACAAUCUCGAUUCCCACUCCGUCCUUUCCCUCAAAUCCAAACCCAAACUCUCCCAGGGGAUCAGCCGCGUCCAAGAACUUGAAGAACCCAUCAGCCCAGAGGUUGCGCGCUCUUUCGUGGCGAACCCCCGAGAAUUAUUGGGUUUAACUACUCCUUCCGUAAUAAUGAAGAGGGUUAGGGAAGAGUUUGGUGUUGAUGAGUUGGUGUGCUUGGGUGGGUUUCGGAAUGUGCGGGGAGUGUACGACUGGAAAGGACUCAAAUUGGAACUCGAUGAGACAAUUUACGAGUUUGGUGUGAGUUAUGAGAUUGAGUGCGAGACAACCGAACCUGAGCGUGACCGGAGGUUGAUUGAAGGUUUGUUGGAGGAGAAUGGGAUUGUCUAUAAGUACUCGGAUGUUAACAAAUUUGCCGUGUUCCGGUCAGGAAAGUUGCCGGCGGCGUGACUGUAAGUUACAUUGAUAUGGGCUACUCUUAAAUUAUUAAUGAUAAGAAUUUAUCCUUCCUUAUUAAUUGAUUAUAUAAUCAGAAUUCUUCUUUGGGAUCCAAUAGCCAUGUAAGUCAAAAAAAUCGGGGGGUUGGGUCUAGACACUGCGUUUUGUAGAUCCUCUGGCAUAUAUGCAUUUGGCUGACACUGUAGCUCUAGUCACUAGAGGAUGGGAUCCAAUAAAACUUGAAAGUGGGUGCUUGCUGUAGGAUGCACAAAAUGUUCUGGGAUUUUGUUUGAUGUGUGCAGUUAUGCAAUUCAAUAUUUUUCUAUAGUUUUUAGAAUAUAAUUUGAUUCCUAGG